CUCGCUAAAUAUAGCGCUAAAAGCUUCCUCCGCUAGACGCUUUUACGCUACACAAGUUUGUUUACAUUUAGCAGACCAACGCUGUGCAUGAGGAGGCUGGAGAAAAUGAGGAGUGUGGCCUGUUCUCUCUUGCUUCGUGCACUCAGGAAUGAGGCAGGAAGCAGUUUCAGUGGUAGUAAUGCAGUAAGAAAGUCAACGUCAUGGGUGCCUUUAGGAUCUGUGGCUUGGUUAAAUGGAAGGAGAAAACAUACACCAUUAGCUGUUCCCUCUGCAUCAACACAAACUGUAUACAGUUCAAGACUGCUCCACUCUUCAGCUUUAAACCUUUCACCAUCUGAAGUUGGACUUGCUGUGGGUGAACCUGACAAAUUGUACAGCUUGGUAGAAGUAGAAUGCCGUGGACACGAACCUGCCGUCUUACGUUCUUACCAUACCUUUGUCACUACAGCUGCGAGACACCUUGAGAUCCCAGUUCAAGAAGUCCUUUGGCCAGACAAGCACCUCAAACGAUGGACUCUUCUGAAAUCAGUUCACAUCUACAAGAAGCAUCGUGUUCAGUAUGAAGUGAGGACACACUUUCUCCUAAUGAAGUUUGCUCGCCUGACAGGGUCAACAGCUGACACUUUCUUGGAAUACAUACAAAGAAAUUUACCUGAAGGUGUUGCCAUGAAAGUGACUAAGCACGAGCUCCAGAAACUCCCAGGUCAUGUAAAGCCGUCAGCAGAGGUUGUGGUUUAGAUGAAAUGGAUAGAAGGCAAGAUAACUAAGCCAAUGUUUUUGUUUUUUUUUCAUCUCCAUGAAAGGUAGUAGAGCUGUUGUUAAAUCUAUAUCUUGUUGCAUAUAAAUAAUUUACUGAUCAGCAGUUAUAUUUAUAUGCUUUGUAUAGCCUCAGUAAAAAAAAAAGGAAGAACAAUAACCUUUUGUGAUCCAUUAUCACUAUUGCCAGGUAUAUCAAGGAUAUGAAAAAAGCAAACAAGUCUGACCUCUUUUUAUAAAAUAUGUACAUAAUAUACACUUAAAAUAUAUGGAAUGACAUUUCAA